UUCAGAAUGAGAACAGUAGUUGGGGCUGAGGCCAUUCGUGAGAAUUGGGAACUCGAUUGAUUGUGUAUGUUUUUUAGUACAACAAUUGCAGAGGAACUCGGCUCAACCAAACUAAUGGAGGGGAUCCAUCUAUUGAGGUGGAAGAGGGAGGAAAAGGGAGAUAUGGGACUAAGGGCAGGUCGUUUAGGUUCGUUGUUGCUGUUCAUGGUGCUCAUAGCAUGGUGCUUGCCAGUUUCAGGAAAACAUGACGAAGAUAUGAAGAUGUCAAUAAUGUUGGGAAAAAGGUCUUUGAUUAUGAAUAUCAAUGAUUAUGACGAUCCAACUGCAAAUCAACGACACAGUCCGUUCAAGUCUAAACCAAAAAUGCCACAAAAGGGUCGAAAAAGAAAAGGCUAGCAGCUACCUACUUCUUUAUCUUUUCUACAUGUUGUGUUACGACCUCGUUGAUAUAUAUGUAAACAUGAACUACCGAUAUCAGUAACAUAUUGAUCAAAGUUAUAUAUCUAAACCGGUUGAACUAUACUUAAAUUGAUUAUUCCUUGAAGUUUUUG